AUGUCCUGCUCACAAGAAAUAAUCAGCUGGGAUAUCCCACCAUAUGUCACAGACUACUCUUCCUACUUUGAUAUGUUGAAGUGGGUACCAGAAGGGGAUGCGCACGGAGGAUUUGCGGAUAUUUUUUCUAAUUCUCUGGGAAAGCAAAAGUAUGCUCUGAAGGUGCUUCGUCCAUGGUCUAGGGGUGAAGCGGCGAUGAAAAAGAAUUUUGACCUCGAAUUAAGUUCCUGGAUUAAACUGGGCCCACAUCCAAACAUCCUUCAUUUGGUCGGGAUCUGUUAUACAACGCUCACUACGAGGACUCCACAACCCAGUUUCCUUUCGUAUUGGCAAGAUAACGGGAGGUUGAACGAUUAUUUGAGAGAGAACGCAGAUGUUAAUCUGUUGGAAAUUCUAAAUGGCGUCCUUUCGGGCUUGGAGCACAUGCACGGGAGGGGUGUUAUUCAUGGUGAUCUACGAGGGGGAAAUAUCUUAGUUUCCAACUCCGGUGUCCCUCAAAUUGCAGAUUUCGGAUUGUCUAAAAUAGUCGGUCAAGAAUCGUCAUCUUCCCAUUGUUCCGGAACAAUUCGCUGGAUGGCAAAGGAACUGCUUGAUGCGGAUCAUGAGGAUUCUGGCACUAAGUUGAGCUCGAGACGAUCGAGGGCCUCGGAUGUUUGGUCAAUGGGAAUGACGAUCUUGGAACUGCUGUCAGGAAGAAAGCCAUACUAUGACUGUGACAACGUUAUUCCAAUUAUAUCUCAAGGUACAAAACCGAAGUUCCCCGGAGUCUUACAUGAAGUCUGGACUGUGUACGUGGACACGCUAUGGAGAGUUUGCAACAACUGCUGGAGAAUCAAACCAUCUGAACGACCGACAGUUCAAAACCUCAUUGACGAAAUAAAUUUUCUUCGUCAUUCCGUAGGCCUGCAGGGGAAUGAAGAUCCGACUCCAGACGAAUCGUCUCCCACUCCACGUGCACGUCCCCAGAGAGACACUGCUGAAUUGCUUGCACGCAUUACAUCGCUUGAUCUUAACAGUAGCACAGACUUCGGCAACAGUGUCAACAGUCGUACAGACGGACAUACGGAAGAUUUCUGGGCACCUGGUAUGACAAUGGGAAGCGGCUUGAGAUCAUACACACAUACUACCUUUACAAGGUCUGAUGUUGGAUUUGACGUUGAGUUUGACGAUCGAGCAUUGGAUGGCUGUGCGAUCUCAUACAUGACUGCCUUUGUCAAUCACCUCACUGCCUCAAAACGUUUCAGGAAACAUACAGUCCAUAGCGAGGCAGAAGGCCCUGCCCAUUCACCAACCUGGACAGUGUCAAUAUCCUUGGAUGGUAUUGUGUUAGGCAAAGCAGUUGGACGAACAAAAAAGGCUGCUCAGGAUGAAGCUGCAAGGCAAGCAUUUGCUGCAAUAGAAAACGAGGAGAUAGACCCAGAUGUACCGUACCUCCCUUUAUUCUUGAACCGUCUGAAUGUCCGCGGAUCACGUUGUCAUGCCCAAUUCCGUUGGCGUACAGAGUUGGGUAGAGGCUGGUCUGGAGGAAGAGUUGGUGAAUGGGUAUCAACCUUAUAUCGUUGCGGAAUGGUAGGGAGGUUGGACGAGGAAGGGGAAAUUCGGAAGAGCGCGCAAAAGGGGAGGCAGCGAGAGCUGCCACUGUGGUUCUAG